AUGCCUAAUUGCGAUGUUUCUCUUUCUUAUUUAGGUGUUCCUGUUGAUCAAAAUGAAAAAGUUAACAUAUCUUCAUAUCAUGAUAUUAAAACAAACUUCUCUCCUAUUCGUAAAGGAAAUCCAUGUUUUGAAGCAAAAGCAUAUGAAGGAACUAAAUCUUUUGCGAUUGGCUUCUUAAUUGGCAAAGAUCAAAUACUAUUAUAUUCCACAAGUGAUGGAAAUUAUUGUGUUUAUGAUUUUGGAUGGAAAUUCACAGGAUUUCAUUCUACAAAUUAUACUAAAUAUACCUUUCCGCUCAAACAUUCAUUUCCUAUUAAAGAAACAGUUGGUGUCGGACUUUGUAUUGAAAACAAAACAUUUGUGAUUUUCAAUAAUGAGACAUAUGAAACUGUCAAAAUUGAUUUUCCUGAUGAUAGCUUGGUUACUCCAAUUGUACGGCAAACCAGUUCUGAUAACAAUUGGGAUGUCAUUUCUGUGAAUUUUGGAACAAAAUAUCCCUUUGAAUAUCAUUUUCCUGGUUUCAGCCCUUUUUGCCUGGCUGAACACUUAUGCAAGCCAUCUUAUCUUUGA